AUGAUCAGUAUUGACCCUGAUAUUGCGAAUUCAAACCGCGUAAGUUAUGGCUACCUAGCAACUAACGAAGAGCAUGUUAUCAUUGAUUGUGGAGCAUCCGAUUUUUACACCGACGGAAAUUUCUUAGUAUGGAUGGGAGAUGAAGACCUCUUCCAGAACAGCAGGUCUGAAGUGGUGCAAUCUAGCAAUACAGUACCACAUGUAAUGAGCACUCUUAGGGUGUUCACUUCUCGGAAAAAGAAUUGUUACUCUAUCUCAGCUGACAAGGGUGGUCUACUUCUUGUUCGGGCCAGCUUUUUCUACGGAAAUUAUGACAAAAAAUCAUCUCCUCCAUCUUUUGAUCUGCAUUUUGAUGGGAACUUAUGGGCCAACGUCAAGACCUCACUUGAUCAACUUGUUUAUUAUGAAGUAGUCUAUGUUGCCAAAAGCGAUACAACUAGCAUCUGUCUUGCCCAAACAGAACCUAACCAGUUUCCAUUUAUAUCAGCACUUGAGGUUAGGAACUUGGAUUCAAAAAUGUAUAACAAUUUUGAUCCGAAAUAUGCACUGUUUUUCAGGUCAAGGGUCGCUUAUGGUGCUAGUGCAACAGUGAGGUUCCCGGAUGAUGCUUAUGAUCGCAUUUGGAUUCCAGCAACAGUUGGUAGCGGGAUAACUUCGGUCGCAAGCGAUGCAAUAUUCAUUGAUGUUGUUAAUGCACCGGAUAAUCCUCCACGAGAAGUCUUGCAGAAUGCUGUUGCAGUCUCAAGCACAUCUAAUUCUAUCACUUUAAUCCCUGGUUUUCCAGAUCGAGAAGUUUCAGUCUAUAUCAACUUGUAUUUCUCUGAAGUGACCCAGCUUGAUGCCACCCAAAAGAGAUCCUUUAGGGCUUACACAGACGACAUUCCUAACUCACAGCUCAUCGUCCCACCUUAUGGAGAAGUGACAGAAAUGUUUGUUAACUUCACAGCUUCUUCAAACACCUCGUUUUCUUUGGUUGCCACCCCUGAUUCUAAACUUCCUCCUCUUAUCAAUGCCAUGGAAGUUUUCUUUGUUAGUGAUCUCCUAACUGAUGGAACCAACAGCACAGAUGUGGAAGGUUUAGGUGAAUUCCAGAAAGCAUUUAAUGUAUUAGAAGAAUAUUGGUCUGGUGAUCCAUGUCUCCCUUCUCCAUACACAUGGGAGUGGAUUAGUUGUAGCAACGAUACCGUACCUCGCGUAACAGCAUUGAACCUUAGUAGCUUUGAUCUUUCAGGGGAACUUCCAGAUUUUAGUUUCAUGGAUGCCCUUGUGACAAUCAAUUUGCAGAAUAACAGCAUAAGUGGACCUAUUCCAGAUUUCCUCGGAGAUUUACCUAAUCUCAAAGAACUGGUAUCAGGCAAUCCAGACUUGUGCGUCUCCGGCAAAUCCUGCCAACCAACGACCAGUACUGACGGUACUAUCGGUUCAUCAACUCCUUCAAGUCGCCGCAAAAAGAGUAACAAGCUUCCAGCGAUACUUGGAACCACAAUACCAAUCUUCGUAAUUUUCUGGGCUAUUGUGGGAUUUCUAUUGCACCACAAGAGAAAAACAGCAGCCAUUGCUGCAAUCAACGCAGGACCAGCUGGCCAUGCCAAUAGGCCAAGUGGUGCCAAUACCAUGAUGGGUAAGGUUGCUGAAGCUGUGAUGGAUGAGAUCAAGGUCAACAUCCAGGAGCAAACAUCGACAGAGAAUGAUAAUCAAUCAAAUCCACAGCAAUGA